AUGUCGCAAAUUAUUUUUAUAUGCAUCAUAUUGUACAUGGCUACUACGGGCCUAACUCGAACCGUUUCAAAAUGUGAACUGGUUUACGAAUUAAGAAGACAUGGGUUCCCUGAAUAUCAAAUGAGAGACUUGGUAUGCCUAGUUAGAGCAGAAAGUAUGUUUGAAACGGAUGUAAUAGACGGCCCUAACUAUGACGGCUCAUAUGACUGGGGUCUUUUCCAAAUAAACGACCGUUUUUGGUGCAAUCCUAUUGGGGCGCCUGGCAAAGGCUGCAACGUACACUGUAACGAUCUCGUGUCUGACAAUAUUACAGCAACUCUUAAUUGUGCUAUAACAAUAAUCAACCAUCAGGGCUUGGAUGCAUCGCCUGGUUGGGUCAAAAACUGCAAAGGCAAAUGGCAACCGGAUCUUAACUGUGAUUGUAAUUGUACGAACACAUUCUAUUGA